AAAAAAAAACAAAAACUUCGGCUCCCACAGGGGAACAAAGCGACCGUUUUUGCUCAUCAUUAUUGGUAGCAGCCGGCGAAUUGACCGGUAAAAAAAUAUAUUCCGACGUUUCUACAGAGUUCCGAGUCAUGCUCUGCCUCUCUAGACGCUCACUCUCUUCUCUUCUCCGAUCCGGUUUCAAUCUCCGCGGCGAUCUUGCUGCGGCAGCUCUCUCCUGUUCCUCUACCUUCUUUGACUCAGACGGUGGGAUUAAGAAUUUCCAUUCUCGAGCUGGAAAUGCAAUCUUAUGGAGAAAUAGUCCACUAUGUAGUCCUCAAGGAAGCUUUUUUGGACGAGAACAAGUCUCAAGUUCCGUGUUUCGAUGUUUCUGCAGUGGCAGUGAUACUUCUCCUAGCUUGGAUAGGAAGUUUUUGGCUCAGCUAUGGGUUGCAGAUAAGAAAAAGCUAAAGGCUAUGGAAAAGCGAUAUCGGAAAGCUUAUAAGUAUAGGAACUACACUGUGAAUGAUGGAUUCGAUGUCCAUAGUGAGAUUGUUGAGCCUGCAGUGCAUCAACCACCGGUUAGCCAGUCUAUGUCUGGUCUUCUGAGGCCUAAAACUUCUGAUGAGGCGAAAAUUGCAACUCUGCUUGCACGAUCGAAUUUGCUGAUUACAAGAGACAUUGAAUGGGCAAAUCUGGUUCUUGGUUUUGAACAGGAAAAUCGCUAUAUUGUAGUUGAUGUUUGCUAUCCUCAGGCUCCUGUGGGGUCUAUCCGGGAACAAAGCAAUUUAAUUGCGCGGCAGCUGCUUCGUACCCGGCGCCCAUUUGUUGCUUCCAUAACUGAUGCUUUGGGUAAUGAGCUUUUCCGGGUCCGCAGACCUUUCUGGUGGAUCACAAGUUCAAUAUAUGCUGAGAUUGAUGGAGAGGAAAUUGGUGUUGUUCACCAACGAUGGCAUCUAUGGAGAAGAAUUUAUGAUUUAUACCUGGGGAACAACCAGUUUGCAGUGGUAGAAAAUCCUGGAUUUUGGAAUUGGACAUUUACAGUGAAGGAUGCUGAUGGGGAAGUCUUAGCCCAAAUAGAUCGUGAUUGGAGAGGUUUUGGCUUUGAGAUAUUCACAGAUGCUGGGCAGUACGUGAUCCGAUUUGGAAAAGCUGAUGCUGCAGCCAAAACCGGCCCUGCGACAAUGAUAGAAGAGUUAGAAGUGAAACGGCCAUUGACUUUGUCAGAAAGAGCUGUUGUCCUUACGCUUGCUAUUUCACUAGAUAAUGAUUACUUUUCAAGACAUGGUGGCUGGGGAAUACCAUUCAUGGCGGUGGGUGAGUAGUAGGUAGGAUUCAGUUUUUCACAAUUUGUUUUCGUAUGGCUAUCCGAAAACUUGAGCCUUCUGUUGUGUUUCUCUCUAUCUCGUUUCAUCUCUUACGAAUAUGCAGAGCAAAUGUAACUUUAAAUCAUUCGACCUAACUCGGUUUAUAUAAUGAUGAUUAUUGUGGAUGAUGA